AUGAAGUACGAAAGAAGGCAAAAGCCCCUGAACAUCCUCCUUGUGGGCGGAUUCAACACGGGAAAGACAGAGUUCAUAAGAACCCUCGCAGGGACUGAACUGGAGUCUUCGGGCGAGUCCCCAGAGCACGAGCUGCGACUUAACACGCGCAGUGUAAAAAUUACUGAAUUACGGGGCUACGGAAGAGACCAGAACACUCCGGAAAAGCUCGCAAAAAUAGACCAUUUCGUGCGAGACAGCUACAAAGGAUUCCUCAUGCAGGAGACAAAAAUAGACAGGAACCCGUUUUUCGACGAUAAAAGAGUCCAUUUGCUCGUUAUUUUCAUUUCUCCUGCAGGAAUAGGCCUGAAAGAGAGCGAUAUUUCGCUCUUAAAAAUAAUGAACAAAAAGGUUAACAUCCUUGUUGUUAUUCCGAAGUGCGACUAUUACACGGCAGAAGAGCUUUUGGAUUUGAAGGGAAAGAUUGCUUCUUUGCUGAAGGCCAACGAGAUAGACACUUUUGGCGCGGAUUCUGGGGAAGAUGCAGUUAUCUUCAGCCUUUUCAGUGGAGAAAAAAAUGUGAAGACUCUGGGUUAUUCGGGGGCUUACGAGCAUAGAGAUCAUGCGGUGGGGGUUUCCACGGUGAAAGAAGAGGCACAUUCUGAGUAUUUGGCCUUCCUGGAGUUCAUAGAGAAAUCGCAUGAGGACUUGAUAGAGCUGACGCAUGUCCACUUUUAUGAGAGGUAUAGAAGCGCCAUGCUGAGUGAAUAA